AUUAUACAAAUUAUAAUUUAUAUAUUAAAUAUUAUAAUUAUAUUUUUUUUAGUAUUAAUUAACAUUUUAAUUAGAGUUGCAUUUUUAACUUUAUUUGAACGAAAAAUUUUAGCAUAUUUUCAUUAUCGAAAAGGACCAAAUAAAGUAAGAUUUAUAGGAUUAAUACAACCUUUUAGAGAUGCUUUAAAACUAUUAUCAAAAGAAUUUUUUUAUCCAAUAAAAUCAAAUUUUUAUUUUUAUUUAUUUGCUCCUAUAUUAAUAUUUAUUUUAAUUUUAAGAUUAUGAAUUAUUUAUCCUUUUAUAACAAAUUCAAUUAAUAUAAAAUUUAAUUUAAUAUUUUUUUUAAGAUUAUUAAGAAUAGGAGUUUAUGGAUUAAUAAUAUCUGGAUGAUCUUCUAAUAAUUCAUUUUCUAUAAUUGGGUCUUUACGGUCAAUUGCACAAUCAAUUUCUUAUGAAGUAACUUUAUCAAUUUCUUUAUUAUUAAUUUUAAUAAUAAUUAAUAAUAUUAAUUUAAAUUAUUUAUACAAUUAUCAAAAAUAUUUAUAUAUUUUUAUUUUAUUUAUACCUUUAAUAAUUAUAAUAUUUAUUAGUAUACUAGCAGAAAUUAAUCGAACUCCUUUUGAUUUAUCAGAAGGAGAAUCAGAGUUAGUUUCUGGAUUUAAUAUUGAAUAUAGAAAUAGUAAAUUUAUUCUUAUCUUUUUAGCAGAAUAUACUAGAAUUAUUUUUAUAAUAUUUAUUUUUGUUAUAAUAUUUUUUAAUAAUAAUUUUAUAAAUAUUUUAAUAUAUUUAAUUACUAUUAUAUUAAUUUUUUUAAUUGUUUGAAUUCGAAUUACAUUACCACGAACACGAUAUGAUAAUUUAAUAUAUUUUUGUUGAUAUUAUAAAUUACCUUUAAUUUUAGUAAUAUUUAUAGUAUAUUUAAUUAUACUUAAAUACCCAUUAGAAAUAUUUUUUUUAAUAAAUUAUAAAUAA